UUGGGGGUGAACAGAGGAAUCUCUCAGAGGUUUCUACCAAAGAGUCGAAGAAGUAAAACAAUCCAACAAAUCACCAUUAAUAACCCACAAUAAAAGUUAUGAGUUUGCAGCUCACCAGGGUACCACGACAACUCCCACUGCACCACAACCACACGUUAAAAGUCUCUCUCCAUAAAGGGAAACCUUCCCCUAAAAUCUCUAUUUACCUUGCCUUCUCCGUAUCCUUUUCAAGAAGCACCAAACCACAAACACCCCACAGGAGAAGAGGACCUAAAGAACCAAUCUUUGUUUUCUCUUCUUCUUCUUCUUCUUCUUCUGUGCAUCAGUGCCAUAAUUAUUAUAUAAAGAAGAUGACCGUGGUGAUUGAUAAGCACGAUGUCCUUGUGGGCACUUUCUUUGCCUUUCUUUUCUUGUACAUUUUGCGCCAAAAUAUCUGGAAAAGAGAAAAUAUCAGGAAUAGAACAACAUUGAAGAUCCAAAACGAUAGUGCUGUGUCUGUCUUGAGGCAUGAAAAGGGAGGAGGCUUCUCCUCUGCUGAUGAUGUCAUUGUUGUCGGUGCUGGUGUUGCUGGUGCUGCCUUGGCUUAUACUCUUGGCAAGGAUGGAAGACGUGUUCAUGUGAUAGAAAGAGACUUGAAAGAGCCUGACAGAAUUGUCGGUGAACUGCUCCAACCCGGGGGAUAUCUAAAAUUAAUCGAAUUAGGCCUUGAGGAUUGUGUGGAGGAAAUUGAUGCCCAACGAGUGCUUGGAUAUGCUCUCUUCAAGGAUGGGAAGAAUACUAGAUUGUCAUACCCUUUGGAAAAAUUCCACACAGAUGUUUCUGGAAGAAGCUUCCAUAAUGGACGUUUCAUUCAGAGGAUGAGAGAAAAGGCUGCUACCCUGCCCAAUGUAAGAAUAGAACAAGGAACAGUCACAUCCCUGCUUGAAGAAGAUGGGACUGUUAAGGGUGUUCAAUACAAAACGAAGGAUGGUCAAGAACUUAAAGCUUAUGCUCCCCUUACAAUUGUGUGUGAUGGCUGCUUCUCAAAUCUGCGCCGCUCUCUAUGCAACCCUAAGGUUGAAGUGCCCUCAUGUUUCGUGGGUUUGAUCCUGGAGAACUGUCAGCUUCCAUUUGAAAAUCAUGGGCAUGUCAUUCUAGCAGAUCCAUCACCAAUUUUGUUUUAUCCGAUUAGCAGCACAGAGGUUCGCUGUUUGGUUGAUGUACCAGGUCAAAAGGUGCCUUCCAUUGCUAAUGGUGAAAUGGCCAAUUAUUUAAAGAACAUGGUUGCGCCACAGAUUCCAUCUGAGCUUCGCAAUGCCUUCAUAUCUGCUAUAGAUAAAGGUAACAUCAGGACCAUGCCAAAUAGAAGCAUGCCAGCGGAACCACAUCCUACUCCUGGAGCGCUUCUGAUGGGUGAUGCUUUCAACAUGCGUCAUCCAUUAACUGGUGGUGGGAUGACUGUGGCAUUGUCUGAUAUUGUUGUCCUUCGUGAUCUUCUUAAACCACUUCAUGACCUUAAUGAUGCAGCUUCGUUGACCAAAUAUCUUGAAUCCUUUUACACCUUGCGCAAGCCAGUUGCAUCUACGAUAAAUACUCUAGCAGGUGCUUUGUAUAAAGUGUUCUCUGCUUCCUCUGAUGAUGCAAGGAAGGAAAUGCGCGAGGCAUGUUUUGACUAUUUAAGCCUUGGGGGUAAUUUCUCAGCAGGACCUGUGGCAUUACUGUCUGGUCUAAACCCUCGUCCACUGAGUUUGGUCCUUCAUUUCUUUGCGGUUGCCAUAUAUGGUGUUGGUCGUUUGCUACUUCCAUUUCCAUCGCCUAAAGGCAUGUGGAUUGGAGCGAGAUUAAUUUCGAGUGCAUCAGGCAUUAUUUUCCCAAUUAUCAAAGCAGAGGGAGUGAGGCAAAUGUUUUUCCCUGCCACUAUUCCUGCUGUUUAUAGAGCUCCUCCUGUUGAUUGAUACAUCAGAUGUGCCGAAAUCAAAGACGCUUUAUCACUGUCAGCAAAAGCCAGUUCGUUUCUGCAAGUUCCCUGUUCACACUAUAUGCAAACUAGUGUGUUGACGACAAUUGAUGUAUCGUGAAGUUGCAUGAACUUCUUGAAUAAAUGUCUUCCCAAGUUGAGUUCAUGUGAUGUCAAUAUGAACACCAAACUUUUAUUCCUUCUAUUAUCAAUAAAAUUUCUACGGGGUUGAACCU